AUGCAUAUAAAAGAAUUAAAAUUGGCAAUUGAAGAAAUUGAUUUGAGUGAUAACGAAAUUUUUAGAAGUUAUACCUAUAUAUCAAUGGGCACUUAUGAGAAAGCAUUUGCAAGUUCUAAUGAUUCAUUA